AUGGAUCCUUAUACGAAAACAAAAUUAAGUAUGGAAAAUGGAGAACCAAUAUUGAAUAUUUACGAUAUUGAUCACAUUCAUGAAGCACAAAUACUUGCUUGUGCUAUUCGUCACACACCUGAAUUAGCACCUCGUAUUAGCAAUACGCUGGUAUUACGACCGUUACGAUCUGUUUUGAAUGAUGUUUCAAAUUUGGCUAUUACCGAAGGAAAAGUCAAUCGAUCGAAAGGUCAAGCUGUAAAAUAUUUCUUAGGACAUUUUCAGACAUCGACAGAAUUACCACUUCUCUCAGCAUUUAUUCAAACAGCUGAUGGUAAAGAGCGUUCCAUUGCUCAUUUUGCAAGAAAUAUUGUUGAUACGAUACAAGCAACUAGUAGUGAUAUGAGUAACUCGGUCCGUGAGACUCGUAUGGAAAAUGGACAUGUAACUGGUGCUAGUUCGUAUGAAAAAGUUGCUGAACAGUUCGAUACAAUCAUUGAUCGAAUGCAAUUAAAUUGGAAUGAAGGAGUGAAACUUCGAAAUGAUUUAACAAUUAUUGCAACUAAAAAUCGACCUGUAUUUAUUGAUUCAAUAUGUAAAAGUGAUUCAAAUAUAGCAAUAACACUUCAUAUUUCACUUGAAUUUCUAUAA